AGUAUAAAGAAUAUCUUUGGUCUUCAAAAAAUUAUUCUAGUGUAUCUCAUCAUACAGGUCAAUUUCUUGGUGAAGAAAUUAUUAAUAUUAUCGAAGAUAUUGGUUCUGAAAAAAUAGCCAUGAUAGUAUCUGAUAAUGUAGCUAAUGUCCAU